UCACAGGAAAGCAGGCCAGAGCCCUCAGUGUUGUGGGGUAUGGCAGAAAGGAAGUGGCAAGAUGAUGGGUCGAGGACAUGCCAAGAGAAUGUUUGGCUUGUCUCCUGGCUCAGAGUGAGUGUUUAGGGCACGUCUGUGGUGUGGCGUGCACUCUGUGGCUGAGAUGCUGUGCCCAUCUGCUUACGUGCCUGGCUUUUGCAGAAGGCUCUGAGUUUCUCCAGCCUGGCUCAGUCCCUGGCACAGAGGAAAGCUGAACAGCCUGGAUGAACCACGCCUUCGCACCUGCUCCUCCGGAGAUGCAGCCACACAGGGCUCCAGGCCCCAGAACAUCUUUCUCUCACAGCCACAUGCUGGGGCACCACACCCACCAAAAGCUCGCUGCAGAUGUGUCCCCCCUCAUCCCUGUCAUCAAGAAGACUGGGCAUUUGGAUGCCUUCCCCCAGAGUAAUGUCCUAGAGAAUUCCAAACAGCCAAGCAUUAGAUCCAGGGCCUCUAGUAUGUCCCAACAGGGCACUGCCAUGGGGUCCCUGAGUUCCAUGCCUCCCAAUAGCUUUAUGCCCAGGAAACUCAGCUCUAUUUCCUUAACAAUCCACCAGAAUGUCCAAACACGGCCCUUAGAUGCCUCACUUUCUCAUUGGGAAGAAUUGCCCAGUUUGCACAAGGAGGCUGUCACCCACAGAGAAGGGAGGCUGUCUGCUUCAAGUUUGCCACUCAUGGCUCAAGUGCCACAGGUCAGGACCUCCUCUGAAGGCCAUGGGAACCCAGAACUUACCAAAGUCAGCAGAACAUCCACAGGGAAUAAGCCUCUGGUGUCUUCAUGCCUGACUUUACCUUUCCAAGCUCAGUUCAUUCAGAGUUCAUCAAGCCUCCCGGGGCCAGGUCCCAUGGGACAAGUCCCUUCCAGAGCCUCUCCAGGAAGAGGCAAGUGCAGGCCCAGGGGUAUUCCCAGAUCCCGAGCAUACCUCCAAAGGGCUACCUCUGCUGCAAAUUUGUCUGUUGUGAGCACAAAAGUAGAUAAAGCCAGACAUAUAGGCUCAGUGGCUCUCCACAGACCAGAACUGGCUAUCAAUAUGCCUACACUAAACCCAUCCAGACUGGUCAGAAGCGCAGAGCUUCCUGUUCUCAAUGCCAGGAUGGACCUGGCCACCAACUUACCUGUAGUAUCCAAGUCAGGAAAAGUGACAGACUCGAUUGCAGCAGGCACAGCCAGGGAUUUAGCUAGAGCAGUGACAACCAAGUCAGGCCAGGUUCCGAAUUUGGUAACUGCAACAUCAGACAAACAGGAAAGUGUCAAGCUUUUGACCACAGGGGGCUCAAACAUGGCUUUGCCAACAUUGGAUGAGGCCAAGCAGGGCAUAACCAGGUUGGACACAGUCAAAGCUUUGGCCAGAGCCACUGUAGGCAGGCUGGACACAACGACAGAUUCUCCUGCCUUGGAGACAAGCAGACUAGGUACAGCCGUGGAUUCAGUUGUGCUGGUCUGCCCAGACCCAGCCAGUAGUGAGACCAAGCGACACACUGUCAACAAUGGGACUAUCCGAGACACGGUUACCUAUGCUACCUCUCCUCUAAAGCCGAGCAGAAGCACAGACCCAGCCCAGGACCAUGGCACUGUGGGUGCUUCCACAGACAGCCUCAAGGAACCCACCUCGCUGGACCUGGCCCGUGAACCCAAAGGGCUCCCAGAGGCUAGGACGGACGCAGCCAUGUCAGAGCUGGUACCUGAGCCCAGGCCUAAGCCGGCGGUGCCCAUGAAGCCGGUCAGCAUCAACUCCAACCUGCUAGGCUACAUUGGCAUUGACACCAUUAUCGAGCAGAUGCGCAAGAAGACCAUGAAGACAGGCUUUGACUUCAACAUCAUGGUCGUUGGCCAGAGUGGACUGGGCAAGUCAACACUGGUCAACACCCUCUUCAAGUCCCAAGUGAGCAGAAAGGCCUCCAGCUGGAACCGGGAGGAGAAGAUCCCCAAGACAGUGGAGAUCAAAGCGAUUGGGCAUGUGAUAGAGGAAGGUGGUGUCAAAAUGAAGCUAACAGUCAUCGACACACCAGGUUUUGGAGACCAGAUCAACAAUGAAAACUGCUGGGAGCCCAUUGAGAAAUACAUCAACGAACAGUACGAAAAGUUCCUGAAAGAGGAGGUGAACAUUGCCAGGAAGAAACGCAUCCCUGACACCCGUGUCCACUGCUGCCUCUACUUCAUCUCCCCGACAGGACACUCCUUACGACCACUGGAUCUUGAGUUCAUGAAACAUCUCAGCAAAGUGGUCAACAUCAUUCCUGUCAUUGCCAAGGCUGAUACCAUGACCCUGGAGGAGAAGUCGGAAUUCAAGCAGAGGGUUCGCAAAGAACUUGAAGUAAACGGCAUUGAGUUCUACCCUCAGAAGGAGUUUGAUGAGGAUUUGGAGGACAAGACAGAGAAUGACAAAAUCCGGCAGGAGAGCAUGCCCUUCGCUGUGGUGGGGAGUGACAAGGAGUACCAAGUGAACGGCAAGAGGGUCCUUGGGAGGAAAACGCCCUGGGGGAUCAUCGAAGUGGAAAACCUCAACCACUGUGAGUUUGCCCUGCUUCGAGACUUCGUCAUCAGGACUCACCUCCAGGACCUCAAAGAAGUAACACACAACAUCCACUAUGAGACUUACAGGGCCAAGAGGCUCAAUGACAAUGGAGGCCUCCCUCCGGGAGAAGGCCUCCUGGGUACUGUCCUUCCACCUGUACCAGCCACCCCCUGCCCCACUGCUGAAUGAAGGCCAUUUCAAGUGCUGCUUCUCCCUCAUCCCUCCCAGCUGUUAUUGCUGCAGGGCCACGCCCCUUUUAGUGCUGUGCUUGUCUAGCCCACCAGCACAGCCCCUCUCAGCCCUCAGCAGGUGGGAGGGGCUAGCUGCCGCUUUAGGACAGUUGCUUCCUCUGUUUAGCCAAACUACUCCUCUCCUCCCAAUGGAAUGGAGUUCCUGCCAGCACCACCCUGCUCCAUCAUCUGUGUCAGCAGCAUCCCAGUCCUUGUGUAGGGAGGAGGAACUCCUGGGGAGCUGCUCCUGCCCUUGCAAGCGCAUACCAGCGACUUAUAACUGUCUCCAAGGGAACCGGCAUUGCUCUCUAGCCAUUCAUCUGCAUGAGUACUUUCUUGGCUACCUAACCGGUCAAGAAAGCAACUUUCCUGCUUGUCAGAGUCACUGAGGUCAGCCGUGUGAGCCCCUGUGUGGGACAAGGGUGUUUCCUUCAUUGCUUAAAGGUAUUUUAUAAGGGUGAUUCAUUAUACAUGGUGGGGAGCCAGAGGCUAGCGUCACUUAAAAAAAAAAAUCACCGCUGGUGGCUGGCCCAGUGAGUAUGUGUGUAGACAACCUGUUUACCCCAAAAUAUGGCCAUCUGGGAAGUGGGUUUUGCUGAAAAGAGGUUGCUGGAGUUGACUUAUCCCCAAACUUUAAAAGGAAGGGAAUUUAACACACACAUGGACUACCCCAAACCCACCAGCUAUACACUCUAGGAAGAAAAAUAGCACCCUUUUAUACAUUUAGCAAUAAGAGGGAUCUCUUCCCACCUCCCCUGACUAUUCCUACUCCCAUCCCCCACCCUGGUAAUGUGAGCAAUGCAUUAGCCUGACCACAGGUGGUCGCUAUAGGCUAAUGGAAAAUACCCAAAUGGAGGGCAAAGCCCCCAUCAGAUGCAUGAAUGUUUGCGAACGAACGGCUGUCACUGCCCCAUACACUGUGUCUUUCUAGAACCCUCCCUCAGCCACCCCACCUGCCAUCUCCACCUGGACACAACUUGCUCAAAGGCUGGUGACUUGUGGGCCAUUCAUCUACAAGUCCCGGAGGAACAAGAGGCCCAAGCCUCGGGGAUGCAAGAAUGGCCCAUUUUAAAAAUGUUGUUAGUCCCAGCCGACGUUUUUUGGUGAUAUUCCCGUUUAGUUUCCCAAUUGAAAACAAGCCAAACAGACACUUAGACUGGUCAUGUAAAUGUUGCUAGCCUCUGUUGUACAACUAAACAUUACUGUUUGAACAAUAA